UGUAAAUAAUCUUGGUACAAAGUUUUUGUCCAUUUGUUACGCGAACUUUUGGUGGAUUCUAGCUGAAGCCUUCGUUCUGAGCGCUCCUCAGAACUUGAGUAAAUAUGACCUUUAAUACUUUGGAGAAAACAAUAUUCCACGUUAAAAAUAAUGGAUCUGCAACCAAUGGCUAUAUACAGUUCUCGUAAGCGUCUUUGAACCUUAACUGUCAGGAUGCUUUUCGAAUUGGCGUUUCUGCAAGAAAGAAUUUUCACUUCAUUUCGGAAUAAAGCGGUCCUGAUGGUCGUGUGGAGAGAUUUGAAAUUUAUUGAACGGGUUAUAUGCCGGUGCAGUUUAUUAAGAGGUCUUAAGUGAUUCCUCAGAAUUGCAUUGCGCAUCCCUAAUGCGCAUGAUUUUGGCGUCUUUAGCGCUCACGAGCGCGUGUACAAACACAACAUAUUUUUCAAAAUAGUGGCUUUUUCUAAACGGCUUAACUUGCGAGAGACAAAUCAUCGUUUUUUCCUCGGAAACGAGUACCAGGACCUGAUGAUUUUUUAUUUGGUUUUGAAUGCAGAGAUCGCCUUCUUUCUAUCCAGUGAAUAUGGAGCAAUUUCUAUUGCAGAGUAAAAAUUGAUUACGGAAAAUGAGAGCAUAGCUAGCACUCGUAAAAUAUAAUAUGUGGCCCCAGAACACUGCGUGCUUGGAACAUAUUGCAUCCCUGUCGACUAAAUACGAGUGCCUUUAUCAUGAAAGGUACAUCAAAUUGCUCCUUGAAAUUUAUGCAAUACAUUCAUUGUUGUACUUCUCGCUUAACUUUCUCCCUAUUUCUCUGCUCUCUUAAAGCGUAAGGUGAAUGGUUCAACUAUAAACGUUUUUGAAAGCAGAUUAUAGAAUAAUGGUGUUUAUUGAAGGUCCUCCUGCUCCCAAUCGAAUACGGGAACCCCCUUUUUUAAUUUCAAAUUUUAAGUUCUCUUGAUAUAAGCAGCCAACAGGUAAAGUUUGAAAGAAAAUCUAUUGUGAGUUCUACUGCGAUGGAAUUACCUUAAAUUGUCCUUUGCUUUUUUUUUUCGCGUUUGUUGCAGAGGUGGAAGACAUCCUUUCUACGUCAGAUUUUAUGGAGGAGGUAAAACGCGUUAAAAAAAUCCUUCAGAAACCGAUAAAGUUUAGCGAUCUGUCCGAGGCUCAAAAGCAAGAAGAUAGAGAGGAUUUAGAAAAGCUUGUGGUGAAGGCCAACACAAUAAUAAGCAAAGCGAAAAGUACCAUUGCGAGUUUCCUUAAGGCAGCUGACAAAAUUGAUAGAGUGUGGAAAGCGUCCAAGACAGCACAAGCCGCUGGAACAGUUGGUAGUAUAGCAGGUGGGCUUCUCGCAAUCGCAGGAGGAAUUGCGACAGCAAUGACAAUGGGUGCUACCCCGCCUUUGGUAAUAGCAGGCUUGGGUAUUGGUGUUGCUGGAGCUAGUACAAACCUGGUGGUAAAUUUAAAAGAAGCUUCCAUAGAGUCUUCAGAAAUCAAGAAGGCCGAAGAGAAGUUGAGGGAUACUAGAGACAGCGUAAACGAUAUGAAAGAUACUAUCCGAUUGUGGAUGAAAACGAAAGAAGACGUACGCUUGUUGUACAUUUGCUGCCUUGCUGAGCUAAACACGAAUGACCUGGUGAAAGGGCUCCUAUGGGAUCAGGUUUUGCAUCCCAUAAUGGUCUCUGCCCUCAAAGUUUCGAGACCAGAAAUGAAACCUCCGAGACGAAGAAGAAUGUCCCUUAAAGACAAAGCGGUUGAUGGUGUAGCAAACGUUGCAAGGACUGGUUUAAUUGACGGUGGAAGUUGCUGGUAAAGUUGCAGGUAAAGUGAUGAUGGGAGUCUCUGCUGUGUUAGUGAUACGCGGUGCCAUAGAUCUGCAUUACACCAUCAAAGACAUAGUUGAAGACAAGGGAUCUGGAGCGGCGCGAUGUUUAAGACAAAAAGCAGACGAACUUAAGAGUUUGCUUCCUGAUGAGUCGUAAGGACUAUUUUCCAGUGGAUUUCUUAAGUGAAACAAAGAUUACUGGUCUACAUCUUAAGAGACUAACAAGGAAAAAGCAAACAACUGAAACUAGAACUGAUUUUCUUCAGCCGAAUUUGAACAAAGUGCAUGCCGUUUACCUUUCAAACUGAGGUACAAUGUUGUUAGAAGAAAAUAAUUUGGGAUUAUAAGACAUCUUCAAGAGGGAAUACUCAGUAGAUCGCGAUAGUAGAAACUCGCAUCAACGUUUUGCGGAAAUAACCACAAAAGUAGAAAUAGUAAGUUUGCUAUGUAAAAACAACAACAACAACAAUUUAUUGGUAUUCCCAUAUAUAUGGAUGGUAUUACCUUGAAUAACAAUAUAUAAAAUAUAUAACAGAAAGAAAUUAAAAAUAACAAUACCACUAACCACAUUAAAUUAAAUAGGAUUACAAGUUUCUCUUAUAUGCAACGCUUCAUACACAAAAUAACCUAGUUUCUUACAAAUAAACGAAUCAACAUAAUUAAAUAGGAAUAGAGUUUUAUCAGUAUUGUUCAAGAGAUCGAAUGAUGGGUAUUUUAGUACAAUGUCACUUGUUAUUCGUUGCCUAAUAGUUUAAUAAUGAUCACAAUGAAAUAAGAAAUGGUUUUCGUCCUCAAUUUGGUUAGAGCGGCAGUAUUGACAAAUCCUAAGAGAUUCAGGUAAUUUAGGAAUACAGUGUCGUCCAGUUUCGAUUCUAAGUCUGUGGUUGCCUGAUCGUAUUUUAGCUAUAGCUGGUCUAUGCUUUAGGUUCUUUACUUGUUCUAAAUAACAAUAAUAUAGCAAUCAUAAAAAUUACAAUUUCCUCGAUUGUGAUUGGUUUAAAAAACUCCUAUUUUUCACUUAUUCACUUGCCAAGUUGUUAUCGGACAGUUCAAUAAGCUAAUAACAUUCAAAGUUGUGGUUUAAAUCAACUAAUCUCAAUUUCAAAGCGACAUUAAACAAUUAACGCCUCCUUUGUCAGUCUUUUAUUAUAAAUUUUUCCUUUUUUUCAUAACUUGGAUGUUCUUCUUUUCUCGGAAAUUGUAAUUUUUAUGAUUAAUUGAUAGCAAGACUUCGUGUCUUCAAAUUCGGUCUGUAAACAAAUCGGACCCCAACACCCGCUACUCGGUCCUCCGAUUUUGUUAUCACACGCUUGAUUGCAGACCGAAUUGCACUCCACUCAGUUAUAUUACCAUUACUUAUAACGUAUCUUAAAAAUUUUACUUGCCUGUCGACACAGAACAACAUUCUCUAGAAACUAAAAGCUUUGCUCAUGGGUAUUUGAUUUAGAUUAGCGUUAUACAAAUGUAAGUAAGAUUUCUGUAGACUAACUGUAGUAG